AUGUCUCAGCUUACGGAAGCUUUCAAAACUGAGUUCCAGAAGAUUUUGAGUUUGAAAGAGAUGAAGGCGAACGAGCAUAUGGAUAUGCUGAUGACCUGCCUUCUGGCACACAAGUUGGCGUACACCGUGAACAGUAUCGAGCCGAAUUUUUUUCUCGCACACAGUGCGAACCGUGGAGGGCUUCUUCUGAGCCCGCACAGUGUGCAUCGCAAUGCUGCUCGGAUCCAUGCAGCUGGUGCCGACAUGCGCCAGCUAUCAAAUGCCGUGCGCAUUGAGCUUGGAGUCAAUUCGCCCGUCCGUUGGCAGCACGUUGCUAAGAACAAGGCGCUGGUGGACAGAGCCGAUGGGCUUCUAGCGCCAGUUAAUGGCUCCGAGCGGUACGUUACAGUCGGGUGUGGACACACCACGGCUUUCUGCAAGUUGGCAGGGGUGCAGGGCAGGACGUCGGAGAAGUCAUUGCAGAUGGCUGACUCAGAUUCGAUUGACGUGCAGAAGUUGUCCCAGAAUGCGCAAUUCAAAGCCAUGAUCGAGAAAGGCUGGGCGUGGGAGGUGGUCCCAAGCAUCAUUGACGAGCUGUUCCCAGGUUUCGCUUCAGUAGCCCAGAAAGCUUUAAACACUCAGAACCACAUCGGCACGGAGGUCGGGGAGCUGGAGACCUGCACGACGUUGGCAGCGAUUGCUAAUGACCCAGGGAUGCGCCAGGUUGCGGAUUGGAAAGCCAUGGCUAUCGAGAACGUAGUUUCGCUCAACAUACCGAGCGCAAAGUACAGCAAGACAUUGCUUGAGUUUGUUGAGAAUUUCGGCGGUGGCGAUGGCGCUCCUCUCGUGUCGUUCAUGGACUCGGUUGCAAAGCAACUUGGUUGCAACGCCACGUUGGGGCAAGCUUUCUGGGAAUCGAUUACGAACGCAGCUUUCGCAUCGAAAACCAACAUGUAUCCUUUGACUCGGGUGGCACUUGCAAUUGCAAACCUCACGGGCGACAAGGUUGAGGACGGCGUGGCGCGCUUGCUUGUGAAGAAUGACGUCACGAAGGUUGCUAGCAAGCCUAAGACGGCUGAAGCAAAUACUGCUGAAAGCAUUCUUGGCGAAGCCAUGGAUAUCGCCAGGGGGCUUGAUGGCAUCGAUGCGGCGUUGCAGCCAUUAGGGCAGCUAUUCGUGAGGAUCGCGUUGAAGCUCACAGGUAAGGAGAAGAUGGGUCGGGAGGGCAACCUCAGCGACCUCAAGGGUCAGACGGUAACUUUCGACGAGCGGUCUAAGCAUGCGGUCUCGAGCGGCGCUGCAGCCGCUGCCAAAGCGAAGCCGAGUGCAUCCAGCACGGCGACGCUCAGCGACCAUAAGGACCCGACAUGGAUUGCCAAGAAGGCUGGGUAUUCGGUCGGGUGUCUAGUAGUCCAGAAGGACGUUGCAGCCCAGAGGCUUUACACUAUCUUCAGCAUCGGCCAGGCUGUCAAGCUUCGCGAAGCUAUUAACCACGACGCGAGCCGAGAGGCACACACGGCUGAUAUUACAUUUGAGGAUCUUCUUCAGAAGUGGUCAAUCUCUAAGGCUGCACUGUCAAAACAGAUGGAUGGUGAUCAGCAGCGCCCGCAGCAGCUGUACAUCGACAAGCAGAAGGCUGCGUUGUACCGAGCUCUCCUUGAGCUAGAUGCCAAGCACGUGGGCAAGCAUAAGCUGACGUUCUGGCGGAAGCCAGAUGGGGUGUGGACUACUAGCGCGAUCAAGCAGGGCCAGCUUACGUUGGUCCCAGUGGCACCACUCAUCAACAUAAGUGCGAAGAACAAUGGGUCUGGCAUUUCACUUGGCGAGCAUGCGAUUGACAAAGACACAAAGGUUCACUUUUUUGUGUUGCCUAUAUCUAAACCGCAAGACAAUGACACCAGCACCCAGUUCGAUGAAGCUGCAUUGGUGGCUGCACACUGGUGGGUCGCGCCAACCUACGACAAGAAGCAAACCAACAUGGCUACGAGCCACGUGUCACACGGUGGCUUAAUGUUGCCAGUGCUGACCAACACCACCGACAUCGGGCCCAAUGUGAAGCUCUAG